GUUACAGAAAGUCGCCAUCUUUGUAGAUAUAUCUUGUGUUUUGAAGUUUAACCGUGGUUAAAAAUGAUUUUGUAUUGAUGUUGUUGCAUAUAAUGUCUACCGUAUAAUGGUUCAAAAACUCCAUUACACAGAAUAGAGAACUACAGCUAUUUGUCAAACUGCUUACUGCUUACUGCACGAAGUUCAUCAAGCGAUUCCAAAUUGGGAUGGGUGCCUUUCUGGAAAAGCCAAAAACAGACAAGCACAAUGAGCAUGGGUCGGGCAACGGGCUGCGCUUCGGUGUCAGCAGCAUGCAAGGAUGGAGGAUAGAGAUGGAAGAUGCUCACUCGGCAGUUGUCGGUCUCCCACACGGGCUCAAGGACUGGUCGUUUUUCGCAGUUUACGAUGGUCACGCCGGUGCAAAAGUCUCCGCUCAUUGUGCUGAACACCUGCUGCCAGCCAUCGUGAAUGCAGAGUCUUUCAAAUCGUCGAUGAAAGGGACUCAGCUGUGCCCAACGUCUGAUAAUGUGGUGCAUGGUGUCCGCGAGGGCUUCCUGGUACUGGACGAGACCAUGAGACAACUGCCGGAGAUCCAGAGUGGCGAGGACAAGAGUGGGUCUACGGCCGUGUGUGUGCUGCUGUCGCCGAUGCAUAUCUACUUCGGCAAUUGCGGCGACUCCAGAGCUAUUCUAUGCAGGGACAGGAAGUUGUUCUUCAGCACUCAGGAUCACAAACCGGUGAAUCCUGUGGAGAAGGAUCGCAUACAGAAGGCAGGUGGCAGUGUGAUGAUCCAGCGAGUGAACGGCUCUCUCGCCGUGUCGCGUGCGCUCGGAGACUAUGAGUACAAACAAGUGGAGGGCAAGGGACAAUGUGAACAGUUGGUUUCACCCGAGCCGGAGGUGUUCAUGCAGGAGCGGGACUGUGAGAAGGACGAGUUCCUAGUUCUGGCCUGUGACGGCGUCUGGGACGUGAUGUCAAACGAGGACGUUUGCGAAUUUGUCUCAUCACGAUUAGCAAUCUGUGACAACUUUGAGUCCAUCUGCAACCAGCUCGUUGACACUUGCUUGUAUAAGGGUAGCAGAGAUAACAUGAGUGUCGUUCUCGUAGCCUUCCAGGGAGCCCCUAAACUGUCAAAAGAAGCUAUUGAUAAGGAGAACGAAUUGGAUGCAUUGUUAGAAAAGAGGAUACAACAAAUUGUUGAAUCCGGAGAUAAUCCUGAAGAAGUAGGUUUGUGCGAUGUCAUCCACUUGCUGGCAAAUGAGGAUAUUCCAAGCCUGCCGCCUGGUGGUGGACUUUGUGCCAAGAGAAGUGCGAUAAAGUCUAUCUUCAACCGUCUAUAUCCAAACCAAAAUAACGAUACUGAACCCGUACAACAAUCUUAUCUUUUUACGUCCUCUAUGCAGUCAAACAGGGAAGAGACGUUGUAGUGUGGUGCCCGCGUGUGGUUCGCGUGUGAAACGGCAGGCUUAGUUGUUCUGCACGGCACUUGAAUUCGGGUCCGUGCACAGAGACUCACUGCAUCGCUACCAGUGGAGGUUCUUCGAGCCACGUUUCUGCCACAGGGCGAUCCAAUACCUGUGUUGCAUCAAACAGCGGCAGGACUGGAUUUCAAAGUAUGAGAAUAUUAUAUAUUGUAUGUCAUGGCAGGCCUGUUGCAGAAGUUGAAGUACUCAUAAAUGUAGUUAUGAAUACAUACAGCUGGUAUAUGAUAUCAAUGUAUGCUUUUAAAAGUAUUCUGUUACUUUUUUGUUGGCUGUUUUCGCUUUGAUGAAAAAACGGGCUACUUAAAAGACUUCAUAAGUAGGUCGAUAGUAUUUAUUAUAUUGUGGGGAACGUGCCUAAUCCGUAAAUCAGCAGUCACACUUGUCAUGCUAUGUAUGCUAGAUUGCUGCUCACUAUGCUCUCGCAACGAGUUCGAUUCAUGCUACUAGGGCUUCGUGGCUCCCUGUAUGAAGAGUUGUUUGCUGGGGCUGGUGCAUGUGCAUGAUUUGUGCCCAUUAGCAGUGUUAAAUUCUUGUUUCUGUGGAGCAGCAGCUUGGGUUCUGUAUGUAGCUGUACUGUCUGUGCAUUCGUUGCUGCUAUUGACAGUCACACAGCCUGUCCCAUGAAUGCGCAACCAGUGAUACAUGCCAUGCUUUCUUUCUGCGAAUGCCUGCACCUCUGAGUUAGGGGGAGAGGGUGACGACCUUCACUUUUGACACUAGUAUCUGCUGUUCAGGGUAGCACCACGCUGUUAUCACUGCGGUGCUGAGUUCAUAUAGAUAUACAGAGAUGCCAACCACUACGAUUUAUCCGUAUUUUAUACGAAUUUCUAUUCCUUUGCACCACUACGACUAGUUUGUAUCAAACUACGAAUUUCACUGUGAUCGGAAAAAAAAAUUAUUUUUGGUUCGUCAGUCUAUAAUCAUGAUAAUACACAAGGGAAAAAAUACACGGGGGCGGCAGGCGAUUUCGCCCCCGAAAUGCCAAAAAGAGCCCCCGAAAACAUGAUAUCGGGGGCGACCUCAAAAGAAAAAGUCGCCCUGGAAAUCGAUUGUCCAGGUCGGUCCCGUGCCUUGCCGCUCUCGCUCGGCGUUGCUGCGCUGCGAUGCCUAGGCCUCUGCCGGUUCCACGGCGUGGUAGAAUUCAUGGUACGGUGUGACUGUCAAGUGUUUACCAUUUAAGCAUGCAUAAUACAAUGUUUCAUGUGCGUGGCAGCAUAUGUACUACAAUUUAGAACGUGUGUGUGUGUGUGUAAAAUUAAUAAUCCCCCCUCCCUCGAACUACUAAUUUGAUGGCCAGAAACUACA